AUGGCGAUGGAGAGAGAGGAAGAGAAGGAGCGGGGGAGAGAGAGAUUGUCCGAUGCUAGUUGGCAUGGUAACCUGGCCAGGUGAAAAGGAGCCUGGGAGGGGGGGAGCUGCAGCUUUUUCUCUCGUGGGAGCAGAAUAUCCCAGAAUUCCCUGCAGGCAGGCAGAGAAGCAGGCUGGAGUGCAUCAUGGUUGUUGCCCUCUGCGCUGGUGGUUUUGAAACAGGGCUCUCCUAACCUCUACUCUGUCAGUUAGAGAUACACAUAUCCGUCAGUGCUGCUGAAUAAAGCGCGUGCGUGCGUGCAUACCUGUUUAUUUUGUCCACAGUGUGAAAUAAACAUGAGUGGCUGUCUAAUGUGUGAGUCUCCCAGUGGAGGCAUCACCUCGCUCCCCUGCCCCCAGAGCCAUGUUCCUCUGCCCAUAAUUCUGCUAGAUAUUAAAGAAAUACAUCAACACAGCAAUUACAGAAACAGCCUGGCACUGUGGCAAAUGCCUCAGGACAGACAGACACAGCUGUGCUGCUUACUCUCUCACACACUGGUUACAUUGGUCCUGUCUCCUCCUGUGUGAUGCUCACCUCAUGUAGCCCUUCUGUACAGUAGGCGUUUCAUUGACUACACGUUUUUUAACACUAGAGUCCCAUUGGAGGCAAAUCAUCCAAUCUCAACAUGAUCCUAUGUCUUAAUCAUGGUAAUACUAGUGGACAACGUCAUAACAGUUUGUUAUAGUUUAUGACUAUGUACAAAUAAGUAAACUGAGACUACCAUUGCUCAAAACACUAACAUUUACAGAAGGCUGCGAAUAGUUAUUUUUUCCCUCACUACUCCAAGUGCAUCGCACCAAAAAUUCAUAGUUGUCAUGCCAAAUAAAUCAGCCUUAUUUUUCUGUAGCACGGCUCAAAAUGGCUGGGGAGUGAAUAAGAGAUGAAGCUUAAAUGUCUGCAACCCCUCGCCUGUCACUUUCCAUUACAUCACAGGAGCCUGUGUGUGUGUGUGUCAUUACACACUCAGUUGUGGGGGUAAUGAGUCUCUAGUGUGUGUAGUGUGCUGUCAGAGACCGACCAAUAGGGAUUUUCUCCUAUCCAAGCCUUGGCUGCUUGUGGUCAUAAGAUGUUUGUUGUCACAGCUCAACAUAACAGGGAGGCAUGGGGUUUACUGUGUAUUAUGUUAGAAGUUGGAGCAAACCAGCACACGUAGCAACUAAAGAAGUCAGCAAUACUAUGACUCAAUUAAGUGUCAUUUGAGCAGAGAGAUUUUAUUCAUUACACUGUUCCCUGUCGUGUCAACCGAAAGGUUGCUGGAUCGAAUCCCCGAGCUGACAAAGUAAAAAUCUGUCGUUCUGCCCCUGAGCAAGACAGUUAACCCACUGUUCCCCGGGCGCCGAAGACGUGGAUGUUGAUUAAGGCAGCCCCCCGCACCUCUCUGAUUCAGAGGGGUUGGGUUAAAUGCGGAAGACACAUUUCAGUUGAAUACAUUGUUGUACAACUGACUAGGUAUCCCCCUUUCCUUUCCCUGUCUUGUAACUACCCUCCAUGUGGCAGGUAUCACUAUGAUGUCCCACUGGAAUUGAAUUAUGGCUAAACAUGUUCAGCCUGUCUUACUUCAUAACUAAUGUAACAUGUGCCUUCUCCUCCUUUCUCUCUCUUUCCCUCCCCUCUUUCUCUCUCCCUCCCAGUCCCAGCCAUGAUCACGUCGUACCCCAACACCACGCUGGCCACGCAGGGCAGUGAGAAGAGAAUGAGCUGCACGGCCCAUGGGGAGAAGCCCAUCAUGGUGCGCUGGGAGAAGGAAGAUCGCAUCAUCAACCCAGAGAGCAGCCACCGCUACGUGGUCACCGUCAAAGAGGUGGCCGACGAGGUCAUCUCCACCCUGCAGGUACACAGACACACCACCAGGGGGAGUGGUACUGCCCGCUUCCCAGUUACAGUUACCUCAGCUGAGGCCAGGUGGAGAGCUACUGGUUAUGCAGAGAUUUUGCUUGGACCAAAGCUUUGGUGAAAAAGCCUUCAUACUGAGUUUGUCAGUUUGUAGACAGGUAUGAUGGCUCAUCAUGAGCCCUGUCUGUGAAUGAUAUUGCCCAGAAUGUGUAUUUUCCAUGCACUUCCUUAUCUAUGUAGCGGACCCUCUUUUUCCCCUUUCUAUAGAUCCGGCCUACAGUGAGGGAAGACUCUGGCUUCUUCUCCUGCCAUGCCAUCAACUCCUAUGGUGAAGACAGAGGAAUCAUUCAGCUAACAGUGCAAGGUACAGCUGCCUAACACUGACAAUUGUCAUGAAAACAUAAUGAAAUACAUAACCCCCAAAUCAGGUAAUGAUGCAACAUCAGUAUAAUAAUAAUAAUAAUAAUAAUAAUAAUAAUAAUAAUAAUAACAAUAAUAAUAAUAAUUUAUUCAACUUUUAUAGUGCUUUUCAUUACAUAAGAAUCUUAAAGCUAAAGCAACACAAAAAAGACGAGCAAUUUAGAAAACAACAGCAUCAUUCAUGAGAUGGAAGGUCAUCAGAGGGUUCAUGGCUUGACUGAUCAUCGGAGGGAGGUGGUGAAAAGGGCAGAGCAAGCAAAGAUGGUGUCUGGAGCCAGGCAGCAUGCCCCCGGACUCCAUAGUGGACUCCAUAGUAGGUGUAGCUACCUAGCUAGCUAGUCCUUCACUACUACCAUAGCGUUGUAUACCCAUAUUAGAGCUCUGCUACCCCACCCAAGCCCGACAGGCCCAACAUUAUACAUUGGGUUAGGACCGGAUAGGGGUGUUUUUUUCAUCAAUAACUAUGGUACGGGCAGUGCUCGGGUGUCACUAAACUGAUCACUAACAUUUUGAAACUGAGACAUUUGCUUGUGCUCUGCUGCACAGUAAAGUCAUAUCUGACUAAGAUUAUAACAUGGUGUCAGAAGUGCUUCAACCUCAUCAAAUAUAAGACAGGAGAGAUUAUUUCACAGAAAAUAAUCAUGUUCAUUGAGUUUUGUCUGAGUUUAGGGUGACGAAAAAUAGCUAAGAGCUAACUGCUCUCUCAUGUCUCUUCAUUGAGCAGAGCAGCCCAAGGGGAGAUGUUGCUAUGAAUACUCACAGACUCAGAGCACCAUGAGCAGAGCGCAUGCAGAGUGAGCGCAACGCAGGGAGCGAGUGACAGACAGAGAGGAGCAGCUAAUGGAUUUACUAACGGAGGAAGUUAUUUCUGAUUUCGGGUUUAAGGCAGGGCCUUAAAUUUGGCUGAAGCAAUCUGGCCUGGGUAUGGUAGUGCUUUUAAUGUCGUGGGCAUGGGUAGGGCUUGGAGUUAAAAUUCAUGCCCAUGCAGGGCUCUAACACAUAUGUUUGACUUUGUGGUGUCCCUCAGAGCCCCCGGACCCUCCUGAGGUGGAGAUCAGAGAGGUGAAGGACAGGACCAUCGCCCUCCGCUGGACCAUGGGCUUUGACGGAAACAGCCCAAUCACAGGCUUCGACAUUGAGUGCAAGAACAAAUCAGGUACAAGACAAACAAGAGAUCUCUUUGUAAGAGAUGGUAUGUUCUGGAUGCCAGCAAUGUAUAGUAAUACUGUAAGCAGUGUUUCACCUACACUACCAGUCAAAAGUUUGUACACACCUACUCAUUCAAGGGUUUUUCUUUAUUUUUUACUAUUUUCUACAUUGUAGAAUAAUAGUGAAGACAUCAAAACUAUGAAAUAAUACAUAUGGAAUCAUGUAGUAACCAAAAAAGUGUUAAACAAAUCAAAAUAUAUUUUAUAUUUGAGAUUCUUCAAAUAGCCACCCUUUGCCUUGAUGACAGCUUUGGCAAUUUUGGCAAUUAAGCCCUUUUUAUACUUACCAGAGUCAGAUGAACUCAUGGAUACCAUUUAUAUACCAUUUUUAUGUCUCUGCGUGCAGUUUGAAGGAACUUGCUAACUAGCUUUAGCGCAAUGACUGCAAGUCUAUGACUUCCUGUCAUUCUGCUAACGCUAAUUAACAAUGGCUCACGAAACUACCUUCAACUUCUAUCAAACUGCACGCAGAGACAUAAACAUGGUAUCCAUGAGUCAUGAGUUCAUCUGAUUCUGGGUAAGUAGAAAAGGGCUUGAUUUCCAAAUCUCGCACUAUCCCUUUAAAAUCAGAGUGACAAGUUACAACAUCAAUUUGUAGCAAACAAAGUGAGCAGUGGCGCGAAUGAGAGCCACGAGUGCACAGCCACCACUUGCUCCUCAUCUCCCUACAGUGCAGUGGCGCGCAUCAGUUAUAUUUCAGAUGGUGUCAACAUAAUGUAAUUUUCAUGCACUUUGGAGUAGAAUGUCUCGGAGGAGCAUGGCCCCGGAGUCCCCCAGGAAAGAGCAAUCCCCACUGUGUAUGGCAUAGAAUACAAAUACUUUAACUUCCUGUGUAUGUCUAUCCUGGUGAAAUGCUUCUCUGUAUCAUCAUGUUAAGCUGGAUGCGCUCCUUUUGUCUUCCAGAGAAUCAUCAUUCAUUAUAUUUUCUUGUCUCAGUGCUAUAAUUCAAUACAGCAGAUUAAUGCACUUAGCAAGCUUUGACCUCUAGCCCCACUCAGUGGUCCUCACUAACCCACAUAAACCUUGACCCCGGACCUACAGGCUCCUGGGAAACAGCCCAAAGGACCAAAGACGUGUCUCCCCAGCUCAACCAGGCCACCAUCAUAGACCUGCACCCCUCAUCUACCUACAGCAUCCGCAUGUUUGCCAAGAACCACAUCGGCAAG